UCAUUUUCAACCAUUUUAGUGAGCCGUAAGAACGUGACAGCUCGGAAAUGAAGCUACUCUGCGUUGUUUUGGUUAUUUACGUUGUGGCUCUGACCCUCUUCGGAGUCGAUGGACGUGGUGGGGGCACCACAAAUGGAGUGGAGGAACCAAAGUUCGUCGGUUUGUUCAGGCGGGCAAGGCGCCAUGUCCCCGCAAUGAAAACCGCCCUUCUUCACGGCAACGAACCGCCUCCACCUCCGAAAUUCCGAUCCCGUCGUGAUACAUUGGAGGACAAGCUCGUGGCCAAUGAUGAUCCUCCACCACCGCCGCAGUUCAGACAACGUCGUCAGGCUCCACCUGGAAUGCCACCACCGCCGGACGGCCUUCCACCACCACCCCAGUUCCUUCUCUAAAGUAAUGUAAAGCAUAAAGUUGGGCGUUUGUGCAUGUAUUUGGGAACCACAUCGAAGCUAAUAAAAGUAGUUUGAAGCAUUCCAAAAAUG